UUCCACAUCAUUACAACUUUAAGGAGUACAUUCCUGCUCUUUUCUGCAGGAAAUCACAUGGACGUGCCAUCGCGCUCACAUGACAGCUAAACGAUGGCAGGGGACAUAAAUGAAGGAUCGGUCCCUUCAUACUAUCGUGAAGUACAUCAAGCCCUCUGCUCCGCAAGUGAUGAACGAGUGCCGGUAAAUGUAUUUCAGAGAGUUUUCACCAGAACAUCUCUCCCCAUCACUGUUCAAAACCAGAUUCUCGAACAUGUAAACAGCAGUGAUGGAUUCCUAAGUAAAGUAUCGCUAUAUAAAGCUCUGGCUCUCAUUGCCCUUGCCCAACAAGGAAAACCACCAAGUCCCAAACUGCUGGAGAACUUCAUACAAGAUUUCCCAAAGCCUCAGCUGGGUGAGCCGAAGGAACUUCAUAGUCUGAAGAUGCAGACGGUGCAGGACAGUCCUCUCAUCUUGUCUUUGACCCUGGCAGAGCUGUUGAAGAAGGACACCAUCAAAAUUGAGCUCACUCCAGAGAAGAAGGGUCUGUUUCUUAAACAUGUGGAGUAUCAGGUCACUAGUGAGCGUUUUACAUUAACAGUUUAUCGACGAUACAGCGAUUUCGAUGUCUUCCACGAGCUUCUGCUUCAGAGAUACUCUUACAGAGUGGUGCCGGCUCUGCCUCCAAAAAGGGCGCUGAAAGGAGUCCUGACCUCCGUGUCGGAGCGAGAGUUCAUUGAAGGCCGGAGACGAGCUCUGACCAGGUUUCUGAAUCUUGUGGCGCGGCACCCUGUGUUUUCUGAAGAUGAGCUUGUGAAAACAUUCCUCACCUUCAGUGGCUCGGAUGUUCAAUCUAAACUCAGAGAUGCUUGCAGAAAACUGGGUGAUGAGUUCAUGACAUGUAAAUUUGCAACGCAGGCCAAGGAUUAUCUCCCAGCUGAUAUCCAGAGUCAGUUUUCCUCCAGCAGGCAGCUGAUCAGAAAUAUCCAUAGCAGUUUUCAGAAGUUACGGGACAGGGCAGAGAAAAUGGCCGAGCGUUCGAAGGACAAUGCCACAGAUCUGCUGAUGUUUGGGAAAGAGCUGAGCUUUUUGGGGUCAGAUGAGUCCCCUGUGCCCAUCCUGGUGUCUGGCAGGAACCCCUGGUCUGCUCUCAGACACUCAGUCAAAGGCCUCUCUGUUGACUUUUCUGCACUGUCUGAAAAAGCUGCCCGACAGGGCAGAAGAGAGGAGGAUGAGGUGGUGGAAAAACUGGAUAUGUUCCUGGACUUGCUGCAGUCGUACAGGGACUUGUGUGAACGGCAUGAGAAAGGGGUUUUGCACGAUCACCAGCGAGCGCUGCAGAAAUAUGGCAUCAUGAAGAGGCAAAUUAUGAGUGCCACCGUACAGCCUAAAGAACAGCUCUCUGUUGAACAGCUGGAGUCCCGCAUCGUCCAGCAAGAAAACGCUAUUCAGGCCAUGGAGUUACGCAACUACUUCUCCCUGUUCUGCCUGCACCAGGAGAGCCAGCUGAUCUUCACAUACCUGCCCAUUACAUCACACAUCCUCGCAUCAUUUGUGGACUCACAAGUGCAGGGACACAAAGAGAUGGGUGAGGUGUGGCAAGAUCUGCAUUCCAAGCUGAAAAGUCUUUUUGGGGAUGGUAAUGGACGCUCUCCGCCUCUCAGCCCAAAAUAAACUCUGCCUUCAGAAUUGAAAGAAGACAAAGAACUCUGGCCUGUUUUCAAUAGAGAACUAGUACAGUUAAAAUUAAUUAAAAGCACUGCCAUUCUUGAAAAGAAAAUUGGGAUAAGAAUUAUGGAGAAAACCUGACAGAGGUUGAACUUAGCAAACUGACAUCUAAAAUAAAUACAAAGGUGGCCAAAAUUAUUAGAACUCCUGACAGAAUCUGAAAAUGAAGACCUUUUUUUUGUCUCCAAAACCUGAUUUCAUUUCAUAAUGUUGACGAAAUGUGCAGGUGGUUGUUCUGAGGACAACAGAUAUCAGAUGAAGUAUCAUUUUUAUCCACUUUUAACUGUAAUAUGUAAAUAUGUUUUGCAGCAAUUAUAGCGGCACAUCUCCUGGCAUAGUUUCAGUAUAUUCAACACUAAUGCUGUCCAAUGCCUUAUGCAAAUCAAGUUCGACACUUUCCUUUGAAUGUACAAUAGAUCUGUCCUGUUUAUCCUCCUAUGGCAAAAUUUGCUUAAUUGGGUUGAGGUCCAGACUUGAGGUGGGCCAGUUCAUCAUUUUCAAUGCUUCAGCAGAAUGUUUUUCAGUCAUUUUAUAGGUAUUGUAGUGAUCGGUUUAACAGUUUUUUUUCCACCAUUGAAGCUAUUAUUAUUAAUUUUAGAAAGACACUGUAUUAAUGUUUUUAGUCUACAUGUGUGCAAAGCUGAUGAGAUGUGGUUUUGAAGCUUAAUCUAAAUAGGAGGAAACAAACGUUUAUCACUUCUCUAUCUUAGAUGCAAAAUAAAGUGAGCUGACAGGCUAAUAGUUAGUCUAAUAGUGUUUUGUAGUGUUCUGUUUAGUAUACAUGAAAAAUAUAGAAAAUGCCUAUAGAUUGUGUUAUUGGUUGUAAAUGCACUGUAUUAGUUUUUAGGUUGGGGAUUUAACUGAUGUCAAGAUGUUUCUACAAGUCUGAUAUAUGUUGUGUGUUUGAUUUGCAGCUUUGUUUUGGUUUCACAUUUCACUUUCAUCCUAAUGUGUCAAAGAAAUCCAUACUUUCUUUCAUUUACGUUUCAACACGGAUGAAAAAAGUGACGGUAAUUUGUAACAAAAAUGUGCAUUUCAAACAUUUU